UUUUAUCAUCACCUUUCUCAGGCUUUUAGUAAACACGUGCCUCGUAAUAAUGACGAAUUUCUGGUUUUAGUACCAUUAUACAAGCUUUACAUCAAAUUUCAAGUUAGAAUUGCUCGUCUCCGGCAUCGCAAAUUUGUCAUAUAUAUUUGAACACCCCUCUUUUAUUUUCCGUUUGGAAUCAACCAGUAACUGAGCCCCUUUAACAGAAGGCCAGUGUAUUAUUAAGGAAUCGCGUUGUUAUUAUUUUUAAAUCGUUUGUUGAUGCGGUAUUUAUUACGUGAAGGGCCAAGCAGUCACGUCAGACCAAAACGGACCAACAGGCAAUCUUCUUGUCAUCCAAGUGUUCAAUGCCUAACACUGCAGAAAGUGAAGGCGGUAACGUAUCUGGUGCCAAGGAUCCGGCGCCUCCAUCAAGGUUGCCGGGCCAAGACAAUGAGCACGGCUUCUUGAACCCUUUCAGCCGUGAUUCGCUACGCACCAGACGGGCCUCCAGUGCCGAGCUGCAGCUCCCAUGGACAUGCCCGGUCACACAUUCCCGGGAGAAAUUCUACACAGUGUGUUCUGAUUAUGCACUGCUCAAUCAAGCCCGGCCAGUCCUCACCCCGAGAGAUGUUCCCCAGUCCUGCCAUGACGGCAGUACACUACUGAGUCAAUCAAACACCAUCACUUUCUCCCAGGGUCAGGCUGGAGGAAUCCAUACACCUUCACGUGAUGCCGGUGAUCUAGAAGAGACACUGUCCAGCAAUUCCAAGCCCAUUUUAGCCUGGGAGAUUGACACCACCGACUUUGAUGCCGUUUUAACCCGAAAAACCAGGACAGGUAAUAUAAAGAAAUUUGCCUUGAAGAAAAUGAAGUCAUCUGACCGAUCAAGCAGAAACGUGCUGGAUCUUCCACCACAGGCAUCUCUGGAAGAAAUCAAGCAAAGAAAAGUCCUGGACUUGCGCAGAUGGUACUGCAUCAGCCGCCCUCAGUAUAAAACAUCAUGUGGUAUUUCUUCACUCAUCUCUUGCUGGAACUUUCUGUACAGUACCCUCGGAGCUGGAAGCCUUCCACCCAUUUCCCAGGAGGAGGCCUUACAUAUUCUUGGUUUCCAGCCUCCAUUUGAAGAGAUCAAGUUUGGACCAUUUACUGGGAACGCCACUUUAAUGAGAUGGUUCAGACAGAUCAAUGACCAUUUCCGUGUUCGAGGAUGCUCUUAUAUUCUAUAUAAACCCCAUGGGAAGCACAAGACUGCAGGAGAGACGGCUGAAGGUGCUUUGCUUAAGCUGACCCAGGGAUUGAGAGAUGAAUCUAUGGCCUAUAUUUAUCACUGUCAGAACCACUACUUCUGUCCUGUAGGCUUCGAAGCUACACCUUUAAAAGCAGCUAAAGCUUACAGAGGACCACUUGCUCUGAAUGAAAUGGAGCAUUGGAUUCUUAUUGGGGAACCAAGCAGGAAACAUCCUGCCAUCCACUGUAAAAAGUGGGCAGAUAUUGUGACUGACCUCAACACACAGAAUCCAGAAUACUUGGACAUUCGCCAUACAGAAAGAGGCAUUCAGUUUCGCAAAACCAAAAAGGUGGGAGGCAACCUACACUGUCUCAUGGCCUUCCAGAGGGUGAACUGGCAGAAAAUUGGACCUUGGGCACUAAACCUGGAGAACCUGAGGCACGAUAACCACCAACAGGGAGCAGAUCAGAGGAGCCAGACUUCAGCAAGGGAGGCUGUAGACGAUAGCGAGGGCAAACAUGGGCACCUGGGCCGCUCUCACAGCACAGGGAAUCAGAAAUCUGAGCAAACGUGGAAACGGAUCUCCAAUACUGCAGAGUAUAGCCACAGAGGAUGCCCUGACAGCGACCUGGACGAGGACAUCGCUGACUGAAAAUGAAGUAAUUAUUUCUCCAUUGGGAUUUCUACAUACUCGUUCAAGCCAGUUAAUAUUUGAGGUACAUUGGAAUUGGGGGGAAAAGGGGGAGAAAUAACUUCUUCCUUCUGACCAAUGCAGAGACUUCUCUAGAAAUCGGAUUGGUAAAAAUGGGCAGGUCAAACAAAAACAUGCAGCUGUCUAUAAACCCAAAUAUUAAGUGAGGUAGUCUUUGUGCGUGACACAUUCCAUUAGUGUCAUUUCAGUAAAUGUGUUUCAAAAAAGGACUUGUUCAUAAACACCUGAAGCACAGAACGGGUUAACUUAGUGAGUAAAUCACAUUAGUUUAAUCAUAACUUACGUUAUAUGUAUAAUGUUCACUGACAUCAGUAGAAGCCAUGAGAAAAUAGAACGACCACACUGACACAGGACGACUGUUUGAUCGGGACAGUGGUGAUCUCUCUCUCUCCUCGUUUAAAGGGGGUGUAAUCGCAUAGGGGAUAACUGUGAAAUGAAACAUCAGUGACACUUCUAUUAUUGUGUAUGGUGUCUAUCAGUUCUUUGUGAAAAGCUGUAAAAGAACAUGGUGGCUUUCAAAUUAUGUGAACCGUGGUGUCCAUUGUUAUGUUUGCCUCAGCAGCAUCUUGAGUGUAUAUUAUGACGAGUGUCUACAUUAACCUGAAGUCCCACAAACAGUGUGAAUUGGAAACAAGUGGUUGGUUUUAUUUCUUAAUAUUUAUACAAUUUCUUGUAUUAAAAAAACAAAAAAGUAGUCCAGUGAUCAGUAUGAUUGU